AUGGCUAUGAAUCGAUCAAACCCAAUCUUCUUUCUUGUGCUUGUGUUUCUCCUUGCAGGAGAUCUCAGCUCGAACAUCUUCGCCAAUGCUCAGUCUGUAGAAUGUAACACCUUUUGGCAAUUACCAAAGGAUUCGGAUGAUGGUAGAUAUAAAUGCGGUGGAAAAGAUCCUGAUGGAAAGAAGUAUAUUUAUUCGUGCUCAUGGUGCGGAAGGGGAGAUAACAAACCAUGCAGUGCCAAAGACUGUGUUCCCGCCGGCAACGCACCUCGGGUUAACACAAGGGGAGCAUUCCCUUGCGAUGCCGGAGAGGAUGAAAAUUACGAGAGCCAGCCAGUCAGACCUAUCUUCUGCUACCAUAAGAACGCACAAGGACUCGAGGAUACCUACCAUUGCGCAAGCCGUCAUUUGAACCAGCAAUGUCCUCUGAAUUUAUGUAAGCGCACUUUAUAA